GCGAGCGAGGCUGAGGCGGGGACGGUGGCCGGGGCAGCGGGAGCCGCAAUCGGGGAGCAGCAGCGGGGUUGGCGGCCGCGGGCGGCAGCGCAGGGCGGGCCGAGCUGGGCAAAGGAGCGGACCGCUGCGCCACGGGUGGCAUUGUGUGUCCCAGUGUGCAAGAAUAGCCCCAGAAUCGGAAAGGCUGAACCCAGAGCUCUUCAGCAGGGAAGAUUCCCUUCCCCCCCCUGCUUCAGGCUGCUGAGCACUGAGCGGCGCUCAGAAUGGAAGCCAUCGCCAAAUAUGACUUCAAAGCUACUGCUGACGAUGAGCUGAGCUUCAAAAGGGGGGACAUCCUUAAGGUUUUGAAUGAAGAAUGUGAUCAGAACUGGUAUAAGGCAGAGCUCAAUGGGAAGGAUGGCUUCAUCCCCAAGAACUACAUAGAAAUGAAACCACAUCCGUGGUUUUUUGGCAAAAUCCCCAGAGCCAAGGCAGAAGAAAUGCUUAGCAAACAGCGGCAUGAUGGGGCCUUCCUAAUCCGAGAGAGUGAGAGUGCCCCUGGGGACUUCUCCCUGUCUGUCAAGUUUGGAAAUGAUGUCCAGCACUUCAAGGUGCUCCGAGACGGAGCUGGGAAGUAUUUCCUGUGGGUGGUGAAGUUUAAUUCUUUGAAUGAGCUGGUAGAUUACCACAGAUCGACAUCCGUGUCCAGGAACCAGCAGAUAUUCUUACGGGAUAUAGAGCAGGUGCCACAGCAGCCAACGUACGUCCAGGCACUGUUUGACUUUGACCCCCAGGAGGAUGGUGAGCUGGGAUUUCGCAGAGGAGACUUCAUCCAUGUCAUAGAUAACUCGGAUCCCAAUUGGUGGAAGGGGGCUUGCCACGGGCAGACCGGCAUGUUUCCCCGCAAUUACGUCACCCCAGUGAACCGGAGUGUCUAAGAAGCAAAAGAGAUUAUUUAAAGAAGUGAAAAGUUGAGACCAUUCACAAGAAUUACACCCACAUGCUGCCUGUCACAGCCUGUGAGGGAAUGCAGAACACCUGGCUGGGUCCUGCUGAGACCCUCUCACUUAGGUUGAAACUUCGGGGGGUGGGAAGGGGUGUUUGAUUUCAUAAUGCCAAAACUUAACCUAUUGAAUUGAACUACAGUUUUUAUUACAGAAUCUCACCGCUGCUCUGUUUCCCUCCUGUCCUUCUCAUCCUUCCUUUCCUGCCCUUGAGUGCAUGACGUUUAAGGCCACACAUAUAGUCCCAGCUGAUGCCAAUAAUAAAAGAAAAGAAACCAAGUGGGCUGGUAUUUUCUCUAUGCAAAAUGUCUGUGGAGAUGGAUGGACUAAAGAGCUGUAUUUUUCACAUACAAGGGGCGGCCAGGGCACCUGGGGCCCUUGGAUGGGCAUCUGCUUCCAGCCCCAAGCCUGGAGCACUCCAUCAAAGUUGGACUUCAUAGGGAAGGAGGCACGAUGCCCACCUGUGGUUCCUGAGUCACACUGCAGACCUGCGCCGCCUCCCACUGUCUCCCUUCAGGUGUCACUAAGAUGUUGUUUUUCAUAGUGCCUUUUUUCUUAUUUCAAGGGUGUUUAUGAGUGGUGGUUUUCCUUUUUUAAAUAAGUUAAAGACAGUCCAGAGCUUUUCAGCUGAGUAGUCUCCUAUCCUGUGUAAAUACUUUCCUCUCAGGGCAGGGGAAACAGGAUAGAGAAAGGAGCCCGUAGAAGCAGGGAGUGUGGUAUUCCCCAUCUGGAUGGGCCAGAGCUCUUGGCAGACUCAGCUCCCUGGCUCCAAUCUCAGUUGUGGUCUGCCCUCUCUAUGCCUGGAGCCCAAGUGUCAGACCUAAAAGACGAGGAGCAGGAGGCACCCAGACUGCCCUCCUUCGGCCAUCACAGGCCUAGCCUUGGGUGGGAGUUGAGAAUAUGGCGCUUUAUUUUUCUUGCUCUUAGAAUUAGAUCCUCACUCCAAUUGUGUAUUUUCCAACCCGCCCAAGAGUGCAAAUAGCAGGGUUGUGGGUUGGUUGUGUUUCCAGCUGUCCUGCUGCCCCAUCCCCAGAAGCCUUGUGAGGUGGGAAAGACAAGACCCAUGCAAAGCUCUUCUGUCUCCGUGAGCCUUCAGUCCUCUGUAGUCACGUGCCUGUACACCAGUCUCUUCGCCCAGACUCCUCUCCACCCAGCCACCUCCCCACAGCAGACACAAGGCCACUCCUAGACUCUCCCUUGGAGUUGGUGGUGGCCUUGGGCUGAUGGGCUCUUCAGGGUGGGUCUCCCCUGGACUCCAUUUUGUGAGAUGGACCCAGCCCUGAGGCAGCCUUCCAGAUGGAUCGUGUUCCUGCCCCUCCUGGUUCUGCUGCUUCUUUCCUUGCUGAUGAUAAAAAUAAUCUCUGGAGUUAGACCUGGGCCAUUUGAUUGUUUUAUUUUGGAAUUGGUGUAUAUCAUGAAGCCUUGCUGAACUAAGUUUUUUGUGUAUAUAUUUAAAGAUCAGUGUUUAAAUAAAAAGACCUAUGUACUUAUCCUUUAACUUCUGCGGAUAGCAUUUGGUAGGUAGUGAUUAACUGUGAAUAAACAUACAAUGAAUUCUU